ACGUUAAUCCUGCAGUUUUGUUAUAAUCCACCGCAGAAACACACAGAUAAUCCUCUAUUGUAUACAACACACUCUAGUGAUGACACGCACAAAUUCUUGAAUAUUGCAGGUACACGGAAUAUCGCAAUUUUGCAGAAGGGCCCCCAAGAAAAUCUUGGGGAAAUUCAGAAGAAAGUGACCCCUGAACCCACAGUCUUCAAUCACAAAUCAUCUUCUUCUUCUUCUGCUUCAAAUACCAUCUUCACCGCCAUGGCUUUGCCGACCCGCUAGUUUCUGGACCACAGAGAUGAUUAGAAAACUAUGGCAACAUCAGUUACACCGGUUGAAAACAUGGCUUCGUUAAGUAGUGAUCUAUUCUACGACAUACUAAAGCGUCUUGACGGUGCUACUUUAGCUAGCGCAGCCUGUGCGUGUGCAGCCUUCUGCUCUAUAUCGAAGGAAGAGAAGUUAUGGGAAAACGUGUGCGCUUCUAUGUGGCCAUCGACUAACCGAGAUGAUGUCAAGAGUUUGAUAUCGUCAAUAGGCGGGUUCAAAAAGUUCUAUGCGGACUGUUUCCCGCUCAUUGUGAACAAGGAAGUGACUGAAUUCCGAUGGAAUGAGUACCUCGAGAAUCCUGAAGAGUGGACCGAAGCUGAGUAUUAUGGCGACAUAGAUGAAUCCGAGAAUGUUUCACCAACGGAUUUUGUCUCGAUUGUGGAUGUCAGAUACAAAGAUAAAACGAUCUCCUCAAAAGCUCUUUGGGGCAUCCCUAAUGCUAAUGGGGCCCAACGAUGGUUCUAUAACUGCCCGUUUCGGGUUGAUCUUUUCACCUACACUGCCAGAGAUGACGACGAUGCAGGUGAAGUCACGCUCUCGGUUUCUGAUGGUCUACCUCCCAUUACAUCCCUCGAGAAAGAGAGGAAAGACGGGAAACUGUGGCAGGAGCUCCGAGACGGAAUCAGGCUCAGUUGGAUCGUCGUGAACACGAAGAUCAAACAAGCCGCUAAUCUCUCGAGCUGGAGCCCUCUCGGGGGGCAGCGACACUGGCCAACGGACAAGGACUUCUUGAUACGCUUCGGCUCCAUUCUGCCAGCCAAGGACAUCCUUCCAUGCCACGCUGUCGAAUGCAUCCUUCUCAUGAAGUUCAGAGUGGUCCACACAGAAGGCGGGGGCGCCCACACGACUCUCAAGAUGACCGAACUGAGCAUGCAGUUAGGCGACAUGGAAGGCGCCCACGUUAACGGAAGGAACAGCCUGCUCGUCCUCAAGGAGGCGCUGAGCUGCCAGAGGAGCAAGAACUACAACGAGGCCCUCGAGUCCUGUCAGCUGUACUCGAAAGUGCAGAGCGAGCUGAAGGAAGAGAAGAUGAGAAACGAAAGCCGCCUAGAUAGGCUCUACAUCCUCAGCGGCAUAGCAGCCUGCGCCACAUUUUGGUACUACUUUCUGUAACACGCUGUUAAGCGUUAAGUCCUUCCCCGAGUGGGAGCCCUCGGGAUUGGGAAACAAUCCUUUUCGAGUAAGUCCAAUAGUUGUGACUCGAAAACCUCUCCUGGCCGACAUUGUCGGCUAUUCCUAGUACAGUACAAUGUAUGCAGUAUUUACCCAAAAAAAUUGGAUCCAUUUCUGCUCAUUCUUA